UGCUGACUCAGCUACUGACAUCAUCCUCACAGGUCGAGAUAUUCUCUUUGCAGGGAGCACAUAGCGUGAUAGAGACCGAAAAGCAUGGAUCUGGAGAGUGUCUUCAACUCGGCUGUGACGGGAGAGAAGCAAGGGAAGUCUGUGUGGCAGGCAGAAGUUGCUCUCAGGCUAAGUUUCCUACGGAAGGUGUACGGGAUACUGACAGCUCAGUUGGGGCUGACGGUGCUGGUGGUGGUGAUUUGUCUGUCUGUGCCUCAGAUCAGGGAGUUUGUCCAUGCCAGUCCUCUGCUGGGUCUAGUGCUGGUGGUGGGUGCCCUGGUAUCUCUGUUUGCUCUCCUUGCCAUGAGGCAUCAGACACCUGCCAACUACUACCUCCUUGCCACCUUUACGUUUCUGGAAGGUCUGUCUGUGGGAGUUGUGGUGACCCAUUACGACCUGGAUCUGGUGGUCAAAGCCUUUGUCAUAACGACAGGGGUUUUCCUGGCGUUAACGGCCUACACCAUGCAGAGCAAGUACGACUUCAGUACGUGGGGAGCCAGGUCAGUCUAUACCAUCUCAAUCUAGCAAGUAGUUCUCAGAAGAGGUGGUCUACUGAAAGGUUAACAGAAAAUUCCCCGGAUAUUUUGUAUGCUAUUGUCUUUGUGAUUUCUCUGCAGUCUGUUUGCUCUGCUGUGGGUCCUUCUGCUCGCCAGCCUCCUGCAGAUAUUCUUCUGGAGUGAGGCUCUGGAGUUUGUCAUCUCAGUGGGCGGAGCUCUGCUCUUCUGUGGGUUCAUUCUAUUUGAUACCCACCUCAUCAUGCACAAGUUGUCUCCGGAGGAGUAUGUCAUGGCAUCAGUCAACCUCUACCUCGACUUCAUCAACCUCUUCAUCUACAUUCUUCGCAUUCUCCAACACUUCCGCAGAGACUAGUGCACUGCUAACACUGACAUCAUGUUUCUGUUGUUUUGUAUGUUAAAGUCGUAAGGGGCAGAUACAUACAGGCCCAAAAUAUGCUGUAAUGAAUGUAAGUCACAUGCAUAAUUGCCGAUAAGCCUUCAGUGGUUCAUAAAGGACCCACCUAAAGCGACAUAUACACAAAGAGUCAUGAGUGAAAGAAAGAAAUAAGGGAGUCAAAGUCACAGUUGUCCAGUAGUUCCAUAAGCUGUGCGACUUUGCUCUGGGCAUUCUCUCCCUUGAAACUGGCUCUGUCAAUGAGA